GCGGUUGUGUCUGUCUCGCACAGCGCGUAGGGAGAGGCCGAGAGAGAGAGAAGGGCUGAGUGACCAUGUACGGCUCGACGAUGACAACUCCAAGCUCAGCUCAAAGCAGGAGAUUACUCGAUGACUCUUUGGCGGUGCAAAACGAAACUUCCAACAUGGCGGACGACGUGAUGGCAAGAUUAUUCGGGCAGCGAGAGACGCUGGAGUCGGCACAACAGAGGUUGGGGGACAUGCGAGGCAUGACGGACGAGGCGCGUUUGCACCUGCAGGAGAUGGAACAGAAGGCUUUUAGGCAGAAGAUCUGCCUGUACUUGACGAUAGCGCUUCUGUCGAUAUUGAUCUGUCUGGUUGUAUACCGGGAGGUCACAAACGGCGGACAUUUGUUUUAGGUUCAGGUUAUGUCAGGGUGCCUUGUGUGGACACUUAUAGUUGGCCAAUGAUGUUCCUACCUGCGUAGAUUGUACCGUUUAGUUGCUGAAGACAUAUGCUGGGGGGGGUACUCAUAUAAACGCAUGCUAUAGUCGUUAGACCAUUGACUUGGCAUCCCUACAACGCCGGAACGGAGUGAUACGCUGGGGGGGGUUCAAGGGAUUUCGAGGCCGCACUCAAGAUAGAUGUCGGUUGACCCUGUCGCCCCCGUGCAGACCAAUGCAGAUGGGGGCGAACAACCUACAUACUACGCGCUUGGAGCUUUGGGGCCUAGGCGGCGCUUAUUUCAUGUAUAUAGAUAGUGCUGAACGGCGCCAAGAUAUGUAGGCUGGAUCUUCAGAAUGUGCUCGUUGCGUUUUGCAUACUUUAAAUGUCCUAGGGAGAACCGUCGUCGCUUGCUGGUUUUCGGGGGUGGUCACUCCCGGGCUUGACUUGAUUUGCGGUGGUCAGCCCUCCGAUGUCUUGGCCUUGUACUGGAUACUUCAAUCAGGUGUACAAAUAUUAUUGACUAUGUUGCGAGUGGCGAAGAGCAAUGCCGCCCGAUGUGCAUCGAUGCGCACGUUUGGCACCUUGUGGCCUCCUCCACGCGGUUGCCGUUGAGUCCAUGGGGGGCCAUUUGUCGAUGCAAUGUCCCAUUAGGGAGGGGUCGCUUAUUGGGGGACUUGCGUCAUUUUCGGAGGGUUUGGAGCAUGCGGGUGCGCGCGAGUUAGAGGGGAUCCCUCGGGUUCGCGCUCCACGUGGAGGGAGCCCAUUUCUGCAAUGGAGGCGCCAGCCGUUGUGUACCCACGACGACGACGCAGUUUCCUUUCUCCUGUUUCCGCGUCUUGCCUGCGAUUCACACCGCGGCACCGGCGAGAUGUAUGCCGAGAGUACACGCUGUAGUAAUGUACCCUUUGAUCUCUGGUCCGGAGUAAAGAGGGGUUGGUUGUUACAUCCGCGGCCUAUGAUGCAGUUGGUCUCGUGAACGAUACACGUGAGUACGCCAAGUGCUGCCAAUCGGGGCCGUUGGUUACCCAGGACCUCGGGAAUUUGGGUUCGAACACGUUGAACACGUCAGACUAGGAAAAUGUUAAUGUAGUUAGAAGCGUAGACUAUAUCCACUUCGUUCGGUGUCCUCUGUGACAAAGAACACACCAUGCGCGGGAGUGCUCGGCACGAACAUUCAUCAAAAUCCCGUACUUGGUGUGAAACUAAGUGCACACGGUAUUGUUGGACAGCACGGCUGUCUAUUCCCGGCCGAAGAAAGAGGUGUCACCGGUUGGCUUCCCCCCAAGCUGCGUACAUGCGUGCCACCAAGGAACGAGGCGGAGAUCUAUCCUGCGGAAACCCAUCUCCCGCCUGCCGCUCAUGGCGGCGCCCUCCGCCAGCAGUCACGCUGCCCAGCCCACGUGAUCGUGACCCUCCGCCCCCACUAUUGUCGUUUUCACACCUCUCCGUUAUUCCUCUAGUCGUGACAGAGGCGUCUAUUACUAGCCUGCUUUGUGGAGGGCUGUUUCGCCCGAACGAGUUGUGUCCCCCGAUUGGUCGACGUGCGGCAUCACCCGCCCCGUAGUAGGGGUUCUGGUGGUGGUAGUAGCCCUCGUCGUCGUCGUCGUCGUCGUCGUCGUCGUCAUGUUUCUCUUCGUCUUCCCCGUCCGUGAGCGAAUCAUCACUACUAUACACGACCGUUCGCGACACGUGUAGCUGCUCCCGGUACAUGGUCGUCUCCCGUGGCGGAGAGAGAGUCGGCGGCGCCACCACGGCUAUCACCACCGCCGGGGGGGUGUGUCGCUGACACACGGAUGGAGGCGUCGGCAGCCUCUGGCUCGCUGAUACCCGCGAACCUCCUGGCGCCAUCGCUGGGUGCCCUCGACGC